AUGGUCGCGAUCCUAGCCAACCCGAAAUGGAGCGAGGACCUCACCAUCCAGAUGAUAAUCGAAUACGAGAAACGUGAAUAUCUCUGGAACCCCGUCUCCGAGCACUACAAGAACAAAAAAGUACGCGAACAGGGCUACGUCGAGAUCAUCAACGCGCUGAAUCUGGUAGACGUAACUGUUAAGGAGCUGAAGAAUAAGAUAAAAAAUAUACGGUCAUCGUACAGUGUCGAGUUGAAGAAAAUUCGCGCGGCGAGGAAGGCUGGCGCGCAUGCGUACCGGCCCAGCGUCACGUGGUUCGAACACGCCGACAGGUUCCUAAGGGCGAUCGUCACUCCGAGCUCCGUUGAUAAUAGCUUGUUGGAAAUCGCGAUGAGCGACGACAGCGACGCAGUCCAAGAUCUGAGCGAGCGAAAAUCCCCAGAAAAGAAAAGCCCACGCAAGCGUAGGAAUUCCACUCGGUCGUCUACCCCUUACGUUUUGAACACGCCAUCACCGCGUCCCGGCACCCCGUUCGGUUUAAGUCAGUCCCCCUUCGGUAUCCUACCCUCAUCGACGACAUCGUUUCUCAACCCCCCAGUCGGAAUAGCCACACCACUCACCUCACUCGCAACGAUAUACCCGUUAACAAAACAAAAGAAGACCAACGACGAACGAAGCGAUUUAGAGCCGCAAGACCUCAGUCAACACUCUGAGAAUGGGAACGAGAACGAGUUUGAAAUGUUUGGAAAACUAAUAGCCAGUCAGUUGAGAAAAUUGCCUCUCAGCCUUGCGUUGGACACGCAAUUAAAAAUUCAGACACUCGUGAACGCGGCUCGCAUUCAAGCGGUCUACCAACAGUACAGCUACGCGGGCCCGUCACAAGAGGCUUUGUCUGUGCAGGCACUCUCUAACGGAAUCCUAUCAAGUAUGUCACAAAGCACGUACUCGUCGCGUGCAAUGGGCAUUCGGAAUGAAUCCCCUGACUUGCAAAGGGACUUGAAAGAUUACCACGUCGGCUCGGAGCCUGAGGAUUAA